GAGGGCGGCACGCCGUCACGGUAAUGGUUCAGAUAAUGUGAGCACACAAAAGCCUAGCUCUUCGGAAAAACAAGAGCUCGUCGUAGCUCUUACCUUCGGCACGAGAACCGAGCAUAGUGUUUGGGUGUUCGUCGAAGCACCGGUAUCAGACCACACCGUACGCCUCCUCGGCGUUUCGUUUAUCUCAACAGGUUCGCAAAAGGUGAAGGCCGAACGUCGCCGUGGAUAUUUGCCGCAGUCGGCAUUGGCUAAGGCACAACCAUGAGUGCUCUCCUGGAGAAGAUCGUCUCCAACGCGUCGGACUGGCGAUGGAUCACCACUGUGGUGGUGUUCGCGCUGUCGUACUUUCUGGGCCGCUUCUACCACCGAGUGUCCAAGUACCCGAAAGGACCCUUCCCGCUUCCACUUGUCGGAAACCUCUUGUCGCUUCGCAACGUCAAGGACCUGCACUCCAAAGCGACCGAACUGUCCAAGACGUACGGUGACGUGUUCACCCUGUGGAUGGCUCACAAGCCCAUGGUGAUCCUGAAUGGUCAAGCUGCCAUUCGUGAGGCGUUCCUCGAGCGUAGACACGAGUUCGCUGGACGAUUCCAGACCAAAAUGGGUGAAUUGCAAACUCAGGGACACCAUGAUAUUCUAUUUGAAGACUACAACCCGCGAUGGAAGGCCCUAAGAAAGGUGGCGCUUUUGGCUGUCAGGAAGUACGCUGUCAGUGACUCCCUGGAGAAGCUAUGCGCAGACGUCGUAGACGCAUACGUGGAUUCCUUGCCAAAAGGGCCUCAGGUCAUCGACUCGAGAAAGCCGUUCUUCUACUUGCUCUACAACGUGAUAGGAGUAUCCGUCUACGGCACAGAUUUGAAAGAAGGGGACAAGGAUAUCCGGCGCCUGGAAGCUAUCGACAACCUAUUCCUGGAGGUCGCACCCAAUGGACUGCCGAGCGACAUCGCGCCCUGGUUGGCAUUCCUGUACCACGGACGGGAGAAAAAGAUCGAGAGCCUCUUUGAAGAGUUUAGGGAGAUUGUCGGCAAGCUUUUCACCAAAGCUGAAGCCACCUAUGUCGCAGGCAAGACUGAGAACUUCACGCACGCCAUGAUUGCCGCUAGGGAAGAAGCUAUUCGGGAAGAGAAAGGAGACGCUGAAUACCUAACCAAAGGAAAUAUGGUGCAAGUUGUUCUGAAUAUCUUUGGAGCUGCGACUGACACUUCGGCGGGGGAACUUCAGUGGCUGUUCCUAAUGCUAGCCAAGGAGCCGAGCAUACAAGAAAAAAUUCAAAAGGAAAUCGAGGACACCAUCGGGAGCGCACCACCUGUUUACAAGGAUAGAGCCAGACUUCCUUAUACUGUAGCUUGCCUGCUGGAAGCACUUCGCUUCAGGCCCAUAGCGCCACUUGGUCUACCUCACAAGGCGUCCAUUGAGACCAAAGUUGGAGACUUGGUCAUACCCAAGGACACCGGUAUACUGUACAACGUCUACGGCGUAAAUCACGACCCCACAAUGUGGGAGAGGCCGGAGGAAUUCAGGCCCGAGCGUUUCUUGGAUUCAGCUACAGGACAACUGCGCCAGGAGGCCGGCCCUCUGAUAACCUUCGGAAUGGGUCCACGCACGUGCCCAGGAGAGAAACUGGCGCACGCGGACAUGUUCUACAUUCUCGUGCGGCUCAUGCAGCGACUAAGCUGCAGCGCACCGGGGAAGCCUUCGGAUGUGAGUCUCAACGGCUCUGGCUCCAGCCUCUUCCUGAUGCCCGAAAAGCAGGACAUUGUGCUCACAAGAAGGAACUAGGCUUCGGGUCGGCUGGUGGUCCUCAUUGCUUUUGCACAACAGACAAAGCAUUCCAAAGUUCAGUUUCUCGGGAAAAUUUGCCUCUUGAGACCUGAUGAUGAUGAUCAUGAUGGUGAUGAUCCUGAUGUAAGCUGAUGGGACACAUACACCAGCAGCGUCCGGAAAUCUAUCGUCUGUAGUCUUCACAUUUACUCUGAUGCGCUUAGUACGAACACCAAAUGGAUGCUCGAAAACAUGAGUGGUUCAUGAAAUACAAUGCAACAUAACAAGAUAAAUACAGGCGAUGCUAAGCGCUACAAGUUCACGGCGCUUCCUAUAGUGACAGUCAUUCCACAAUAAAACAACAUAUAUGUUCUUUUAUUGUGGAAUGACUGUGGCAAGCACUCUGCUUGCAUGACGGGUAUUCGGUUUAUAGUGGUGCUGGUUAAACCACUUUAAUUCAUUUUCGUUUAUGUCAUAAUUACUACCCGACAAUUAAAGACGAUGUGUAAUGUUCGUAUA